AUGACGACAGUUGGAAGUUUGGAACCGUUUGAUUUGGGACAGCCAAAUGAAUGGGGCUCAUAUUUGGAGCGAUUUAAAUUGUUCCUGCUUGCCAAUGAUGUCAAAGACGAGGGUCGCAAAAAAGCAUCUUUCCUCACAUUGGUCGGAGCACCAGUCUACGAUCUUUUGACAUCAUUGGCGUUUCCAAACCAGGUCAGUACAUUACCGUUAGACCAAAUUGAGAAGAUUCUAACUGAUCAUCUUUGUCCACGUCCAUCGGAAAUCGCGGCAUUUUAUCAUUUUCACAAACGUGAUCAACAUCCGGAUGAGACCGUCGGAAACUAUCUCGCAGCCCUGCGGGCAUUGGCAGUGGGUUGCAAUUUUGGAGCAGCGUUGGACAGAAUGCUGCGUGAUCGUUUUGUAUGCGGCAUGAGGGAUGAAAGCUUACAGAGAAGUUUUCUUGCAGACACUGAAUUGACAGUGCAGAAAGUUUUGGAGAGAGCAACUACUAGUGAAGCUGCAGCAGCGAGUGCAAAGGCUAUCAGACAGCCUAACGAGACUAUCCACAGCAUCAAAUCACAGCGCCCUCAACAACCAUAUAAAGGAAAAGGACAACAAUGUGCGGGUUGUGCCGGUCCACACGGCCGGCAGCAAUGCCCUUAUCGUGAAGCAAUAUGUCACGGCUGUGGCCGGAAGGGCCAUCUUAAGCGUGUCUGCCGGAGUAAUGACUCGUCGAACGAUGUUCAUCCAGUAAAGGGCAAAAAUUCACGUGGGAAAUCGGUAAACCUCAUAUCUAAUCUGGUGAGCCUGAAGAAACGUAUCACGGUACAGAUUAAUGGAAAAUCGUGUAUUUUUGAAGUGGAUUCUGGAUCUGACGUAACUAUGAUGACGUUGCGGACUUAUGAUCGUAUCUGGCCAACAAACAAGCCUAAGGUUUACAACUACGAUCCUGGGUUUAGUGACUACCAACACAACCCAAUCCAGAUACUAGGAGUUUUUGAUGUAUCAAUUCAUUACAACGGUCGUAAUAUUGAUAAUCUACCAGUCAUCGUCAUUAAAAGCGGUUGUAGCGACCUUCUGGGUUGUAACUGGUUCGACCCACUAGGCAUCAGUAUCAAGGGCAUACAUUCAGUGGGCAGUGACGUACAGAUCGCAGGCAUUCUGAAUAAGUUCGAACACUUAUUCUCAACAGAACUUGGUUGUUACACUGGUCCGCCAGUCAUAUUAAACAUUGAUGCUACAGUGCCACCAGUGCGACUACCUCCACGCCGAAUUCCAUAUGCUCUAAAGGGACUAGUCGAAGAGGAGCUGGAUCGCCAAUGCAAGCAAGGGAUUCUUAAACCUGUGGAGUAUUCAGAUUGGGCCACUCCUAUUGUACCAGUUAUCAAGAAGGACGGUUCAAUUCGUAUUUGCGGCGACUAUAAAUCAACUUUAAACAAAGCGGUUAAGCCGCACUGCCAUCAAAUACCGGCGAUCAACACUUUGCUGGCAUCUAUUGAAGGUGGAUCGAUUUUUGCCAAAAUUGAUCUGGCUCAAGCUUAUCAGCAGUUAGUAGUCGUCGAAAACUCGUCUUUGCUGCAAACAAUCAGUACACAUAAGGGUGCAUUCAAAGUUACUCGAUUGCAAUUCGGCAUUUCAUCAGCACCAGGCAUUUUUCAAAGCUGUAUUGAGAAUGUGGUACAGAAUAUUUCCGGAGUCUUACCAUAUUUUGAUGACAUUGUAAUAAUAGGAAAAACGGAAACGGAAUUGGCAAUUAGAUUACAGGAACUGUUUAUACGUUUUGACAAAGCGGGACUGCGACUACGCAAGGACAAAUGCCAAUUCGGAGUACCAUUCGUUGAGUUUUUAGGUUUCAAAAUUGACUCAACUGGUAUAAGACCAUGUGCCGAUAAAGUCUCGGCAAUCAAAGACGCACCUGCACCUAAGGAUAAAAAGCAGUUGCAGGCUUUCUUAGGACUACUAAAUUUUUAUCACUCAUUUUUGCCACAUAAAGCAACAGUGGCAGAACCCUUACAUCGUCUUUUGGAUAAAAAUGCAACUUAG